AUGUCAGAUGCCGAAGCGGAUGAACCUGUAGUAUUUAAAAAGACCUUCAGAAAACGACCGGUUAAUGUGAGAAAGACUGAAGCUGAAGAGGUUAAACCUAAGCCAACAGAAGAGGAUAAUUCUGACGAAGUAUCUGAAGAUUCGGAAGGAUCGAAAAGUGAAGAUGAAGCGGUGCCAAUCAAAGUCAGGCGAGGGUUGUUUUCUAAUAGAAACAAGAGGUUGAAGAAGAAUCCAAUGAUGCAAAACGUGAGUUCACCCACAUUUGGGAGGUUUAUUUGUUAUCUAUUCUGAUUUUAGAGUAAAAAGCGAGCUAAUCCGAUGGGAGAUGUUUCGGAUGAAGAAGGAACGUCGGAAGAAACCAGCGAAUCAGAUGAAGAAAGGAAGAAAGCCUUGGACAUUGAUGAUAACAUAAAGUCUUCUGGAAUCGCGGAAAGUGAAGUACCGAAAGACAUGGGAGCGACUAAAUUGAGUGAAAUUGACACAGAACGGGACAAGGAUUAUCAGGCACAGUUUGAGAGGGUUCAGAAGAAUCUACAGGAUAAUGACCAACAGCCAGGGACAAGUGGAGAGAAGGUGAGUAAAGAGUUGGGUUAUUUUUGCUAGUUUUUAGAGAAAUAUGAUUCAUUUUUUUAUGUCUUUUGAAGCUUGGCUGUUGAUAUUUUGCUAACUUUUUUUAUAAGGAAAUAUAGAGUAAAAUUAUUUUAUUAUAUUAAAGUAGUUUUAUUUAUGUUAUUCUUCUUUGCAGAUUUACCGUGGUCUGAAGAUGUACGGUGCAAAGGCGGCCAAAGACACAGUGAAAGGCAAAGCUAGUUCCGGUUUAAAUCAUUAUGGCCCAAUUAGGAAUCAGCAGUUCAUGAGGGCGUCUGUGAGGUGGGACUUUGCUCCUGACAUUUGCAAAGAUUACAAGGAAACUGGAUUCUGUACAUUUGGAGACUCGUGCAAGUUUCUGCACGAUCGGUCUGAUUACAAGCACGGUUGGGAGAUUGAAGCUGAAUGGCAAAAGAAGCAGGCAGCUCUUAAGAAUAACGAAGAAGUGGAUUAUACAAUACAUAGUGAUGAGGAUUGA